UCCCAUAGCUGACUACACAACACCCAAAAAGGACGUAGUUUUUCUGUUGGACGGUUCAGAUGGCACUAGGAAUUCUUUCCCAGCAAUGCGUGACUUUGUACAAAGGGUAGUGGAGAAAUUAAACAUAGAGGAAAACAGAGACCGAGUUUCUGUGGUGCAGUACAGUCGAGACCCAGAGGUCCAUUUCCACUUAAAUGCCUACACAACGAAGGAAGACAUUUUAGACAGUGUGAGAGGUCUGAGACACAAAGGAGGGAGGCCCCUCAACACAGGGGCAGCUCUCCAGUACGUCAAAGACAAUGUAUUUACUGCCUCCUCUGGCAGCAGACGACUGGAGGGUGUGCCGCAAAUAUUGAUUCUCCUAAGUGGGGGAAGGUCAUAUGACAAUGUUGACGCAGCAGCAUCCUCUCUGAAGGAAAUUGGAGUCUUGACCUUCGGAAUAGGAUCGAGAGGCUCUGAUAGCGGGGAAUUGCAGAGAAUUUCAAAUGACCCCAAGUAUGCUUUAUCUGUGUCUGACUUUAGUGAGCUUCCAAAUGUCCAAGAGCAGUUGCUGGCCUCCGUACACACGGUUGUAGUACCCAUUGCUACAACGUCACCAACUGCUGAUUACACCGUGCCCAGAAAGGACGUUGUUUUUCUGCUUGACGGUUCAGAUGGCACUAGGAGUUCUUUCCCAGCAAUGCGUGACUUUGUACAAAGAGUUGUGAAGAAAUUAAACAUAGCGGAAAACAGAGACCGAGUUUCUGUGGUGCAGUACAGUCGAGACCCAGAGGUCCUUUUCCAUUUAAAUGCAUACACAACGAAGGAAGAGGUUUUAGACAGUGUAAGAGGUCUGAGACACAAAGGGGGGAGGCCCCUCAACACAGGGGCAGCUCUUCAACACGUCAAAGACAAUGUCUUUACUGCCUCUUCUGGCAGCAGACGACUGGAGGGUGUGCCGCAAGUGCUGAUUUUGCUUAGCGGGGGAAGGUCAUAUGACAAUGUUGAUGCAGCAGCAUCCUCUCUGAAGGAAAUUGGAGUCUUGACCUUCGGAAUAGGAUCGAGGGGCUCUGAUAGCGGGGAAUUGCAGAGAAUUUCAAAUGACCCCAAGUAUGCUAUAUCUGUGUCUGACUUUAGUGAGCUUCCAAAUGUCCAAGAGCAGUUGCUGGCCUCCGUACACACGGUUGCAAUACCCAUUGCUACAACGUCAUCAACUGUUACCGCUGACUACACAACACCCAAAAAGGACGUAGUUUUUCUGUUGGACGGUUCAGAUGGCACUAGGAAUUCUUUCCCAGCAAUGCGUGACUUUGUACAAACGGUAGUGGAGAAAUUAAACAUAGAGGAAAACAGAGACAGAGUUUCUGUGGUGCAGUACAGUCAAGACCCAGAGGUCAAUUUCUAUUUAAAUGCAUACACAACGAAGGAAGACGUUUUGGACAGUGUGAGAGGUCUGAGACACAAAGGGGGGAGACCCCUCAACACAGGGGCAGCUCUCCAGUACGUCAAAGACAAUGUAUUUACUGCCUCCUCUGGCAGCAGACGACUGGAGGGUGUGCCGCAAAUAUUGAUUCUCCUAAGUGGGGGAAGGUCAUAUGACAAUGUUGACGGAGCAGCAUCCUCUCUGAAGGAAAUUGGAGUCUUGACCUUCGGAAUAGGAUCGAGAGGCUCUGAUAGCGGGGAAUUGCAGAGAAUUUCAAAUGACCCCAAGUAUGCUUUAUCUGUGUCUGACUUUAGUGAGCUUCCAAAUGUCCAAGAGCAGUUGCUGGCCUCCGUACACACGGUUGUAGUACCCAUUGCUACAACGUCACCAACUGGUAUGUGCAUGACAAACAUUUACGUGCUGUGCCUUUUCUGUCUAUAUUUGAAAUUGCUGAGUAGUUGUGGGCAGUGGCAUGCUCACCAACAGCUUAGAUAGUGAAUGAACAGUUUGAAUUUCUGA